AUGGCGACUGGUUCUAAAAAUAUAAUCACGCGGAAGAUCGCUUUAAUGGGAUACCCAUGUGUUGGAAAAUCUUCGAUAACCUUGCGAUUCGUACAAGGACAUUUUCCGGAUGCAUAUGAUACCACUAUAGAAGAUCUUCAUAACAAACCAUAUCGUUGGCUUGGCCGAGAUUACAACCUCAAAAUCACAGGAUACGAUCUUACAGACACUGCUGGACAACAGGAGUACUCUAUAUUUCCGCGAAGUUGUUCUGUUGAUAUUGAUGGCUUUAUUCUAGUGUUCGAAAUCAUACAAGUUAUCCACGAUAAAAUUAUGGAGACUGUAGGAGACAACAAGGUGCCAAUAGUUAUAGUUGGAAAUAAAUUGGAUUUGCAACAUGCGUCGCGCAUGGUCACUAAGGAAGACGGUUCAAAAUUAGCUCAAAAAUGGAGAGCUGCUUUUAUUGAGACAUCAGCGAAGGAUAAUACUAUGAUGUCGGAAGCCAACAUUUUUCAACCGUCGGUGCGGUGUGAUCCAAGUACAACUGCUUCUCCAGGUUCUGAAAACGGGGGUAAUAUGGACGGUACCGAUGUCAUGAGUCGUUUCCCAAACUUACCGAAAAUGGCUGAAGCUGUUGGAAAUGUCGACGUGGUUGCAAAGGUUGAGUCGUUGAAAAAGUGGACGAUUGGCACAUUCAAGAAUUCAAGACAACAACUCUUGGAGCAUAUGGGAAAGAUUGACAAAACUGUUGAUGAACAGUUUGAGAAGGAAUGCGAAGAGCUCAAGGAUUUGCAUAGAAGGUAUGGAGCUGUGGUCAACGCUGCACGUGAAUUCACCAAUCUUUUGACUCAGCUGACUCAAGCCGAGAAAAAUCUUGCAGAAAGUCUCCAACAGUUGUCAAUCAAAGAAGUCGCUAUUAAGCCGCAAUGCUCCACAACUUCCGAAUCAAUGCGACGUGUCGCCGAGCAGGCCACUGCACUCGACGGUUGCUUGAGGUACUUUUUGUCCUCAAUGGAAACCCUCCAUGCAAAAACCAUUGUCGACACAUUGGAAACAAUCUAUGCAACUGAAGGGGCACGGAUCGAGUUCGAUGUUAGCCGUCAUGAAUUGGAAUCGUUACAUAGCCAAGCCACGGCUAGUCCAACUGCUAUUCAAGUCGCUAGCGAUAAAGCCAGUCAACAUCGUGACAAAUAUGAAGGAUUGAAGGCAGAUGUUCGCGUGAAGUUGCGAUUGCUGGAGGAGAAUCGUGUUAAAGUGAUGACGAAGCAAUUAGAGCAGUUGCAAGGCGCCCUGGCGGCGUACUUCUCAGGGAAUGCCGAACUUCUAGCCGCAGCUCUACGGGAGCUUGCCUCUCUUUCAGCUCCUCCCCCCUCAUUCCUUUUAUAG